ACAGUUGAGUGUCUGGAUGAAGAGCAGGCUGCGGGAGAGCUCUACCUUGGAGUUACCCACCCUCAUUGCCUUACAAAGGAUCAUUUUGUUUUUCUGAUUUUGGUCUGUGGCCUCUGGAAGGGAGCAGAGCAGUUGCAUUUGAAGAAAGGAACCUGACCGGCUUCCAAGAUGUCAUCUCGAAACUCCUAUAGAGAUGAUGCAGAGCGCUACCUUUUCGUGGAUCGAAACCCUAUGAGCAUGACAGCAACACAAGCUGACUGGACAGCAAAGAAGCUAGUGUGGGUGCCCUCUGAAAAACAUGGGUUUGAAGCAGCUAGCCUCAAGGAAGAGCGAGGUGAUGAAGUAGUGCUGGAGCUGGCUGAGAAUGGUAAAAAAGUGGUUAUCAACAAGGAUGACAUUCAGAAAAUGAAUCCACCAAAGUUCACCAAGGUCGAGGAUAUGGCAGAGUUGACCUGUUUAAAUGAAGCAUCUGUCCUUCACAAUCUCAAGGACCGGUAUUAUUCUGGGCUCAUCUAUACAUAUUCAGGCCUCUUCUGUGUAGUGAUCAACCCUUACAAGAACCUGCCAAUAUACUCAGAACAAAUAGUGGAAAUGUACAGAGGGAAGAAGCGUCAUGAGAUGCCUCCGCAUAUAUACGCAAUAUCAGAAACGGCCUAUCGCAGCAUGCUUCAAGAUCGUGAAGAUCAGUCCAUCCUGUGCACAGGGGAAUCGGGUGCAGGAAAAACAGAAAACACCAAGAAAGUAAUCCAGUACUUGGCUCAUGUCGCCUCGUCACACAAGGGGCGUAAAGAACACACUGCUCCGAACUCCAGUGCCAUGUCAUAUGGAGAACUAGAACAUCAGCUCCUGCAAGCCAACCCUAUUUUGGAAGCUUUCGGAAACGCCAAGACUGUGAAAAAUGACAACUCUUCGCGAUUUGGCAAAUUCAUCCGAAUUAAUUUUGAUGUUGCUGGAUACAUCGUUGGAGCUAACAUUGAAACUUAUUUACUGGAGAAAUCUCGAGCAAUUCGCCAAGCUAAGGAUGAAAGAACAUUCCAUGUUUUUUACCAGCUUUUAGCGGGAGCAGGGGAGCAUAUGAAAACUGACUUACUUUUGGAAGGCUUCAACCAGUAUCGCUUUGUAUCCAAUGGAAACGUCACCAUUCCCGGACAGCAGGACAAAGAGAUAUUCCACGAGACAAUGGAGUCCAUGAAAAUCAUGGGAAUUAGUCAUGAAGAAAUCAUGUCUAUGCUGAAGAUGGGGUCGGCUGUUCUCCAGUUUGGCAAUAUUAUCUUUCGCAAGGAGAGGAACACAGACCAAGCAUCCAUGCCAGAUAAUACAGCCGCACAGAAACUUUGCCAUCUUUUGGGCCUAAAUGUGACAGAGUUUACACGUGCCAUCCUGAUGCCAAAGAUUAAAGUUGGCCGUGAUUAUGUCCAGAAGGCACAGACUAAGGAACAGGCUGACUUUGCUGUGGAGGCACUUGCUAAAGCGCUAUAUGAAAGGCUUUUCCGCUGGUUGGUCCAUCGCCUCAACAGAGCACUGGAUAGGACCAAAAGACAAGGUGCAUCAUUCAUAGGGAUCCUGGACAUAGCUGGCUUUGAAAUCUUUGAGCUGAACUCAUUUGAGCAGCUUUGUAUUAAUUACACAAAUGAGAAACUGCAGCAGCUCUUCAAUCACACCAUGUUCAUUCUGGAACAAGAGGAAUACCAGCGGGAAGGCAUUGAGUGGAGCUUCAUCGAUUUUGGCCUGGACCUGCAACCCUGCAUUGAUCUCAUUGAGAGACUGGCCAAUCCUCCAGGCGUCCUGUCACUGCUGGAUGAAGAGUGCUGGUUCCCCAAAGCCACUGAUAAAAGUUUUGUGGAGAAGGUUAUCCAAGAACUUGGCACUCAUCCUAAAUUCCAGAAGCCUAGACAACUGCGAGACAAGGCUGAUCUGUCUAUAAUCCAUUAUGCUGGCAAGGUGGACUAUAAAGCAGACGAAUGGCUCAUGAAGAACAUGGACCCUCUGAAUGAUAACGUGGCCACUCUUCUUCAUCAGAGUACAGACAAAUUUACAGCAGAGCUCUGGAAAGAUGUGGAUAGAAUUGUGGGACUUGACCAGAUGACCGGCAUGGGUGAAAUGUCAUUUGGCUCAACAUACAAGACAAAGAAAGGGAUGUUCCGAACCGUGGGACAGCUAUACAAAGAAUCGCUGUCUAAGCUGAUGUCUACACUAAGAAACACCAACCCUAACUUUGUCCGAUGCAUCAUUCCCAACCAUGAAAAGAAAGCUGGGAAACUGGAGCCUCAUCUAGUCCUCGACCAGUUGCGCUGUAAUGGAGUCCUAGAGGGAAUCCGUAUUUGUAGACAAGGCUUCCCAAAUAGGAUAAUUUUCCAGGAAUUCAGGCAAAGAUAUGAGAUUUUAACUCCAAAUGCUAUUCCCAAAGGAUUUAUGGAUGGCAAACAAGCUUGUGCAAUAAUGAUCAAAGCUUUGGAACUAGACCCCAAUCUGUUUCGCAUUGGGCAGAGUAAAAUAUUCUUCCGUGCUGGAGUACUGGCUCAUUUGGAAGAGGAGAGAGAUCUUAAGAUUACCGACAUAAUUGUGCUUUUCCAAGCUGCUGCCCGAGGAUACCUUGCCAGAAAAGCUUUUACAAAGAAACAGCAACAAAUGAGUGCUUUGAAGGUGGUGCAGAGAAACUGUGCUGCAUACCUCAAGCUACGACAUUGGCAGUGGUGGAGACUCUUUACCAAGGUGAAGCCAUUGUUACAAGUGACUCGACAGGAUGAAGUAAUGCAGUCCAAGGUAGUUGAACUGCAGAAGGUGAAGGAUAACCAGCUGAAGGCAGAGCAGGAUCUAAAGGACAUGGGAAGCAAAUACCAGCAGUUAAUAGAAGAAAAGUCAAUUUUGGCAGAACAGUUGCAAGCAGAGACAGAGUUGUUUGCAGAGGCUGAAGAGAUGCGAGCCAGACUUGCAGCAAAGAAACAGGAGUUAGAGGAAAUAUUACAUGAUUUGGAGUCCCGUGUGGAAGAAGAAGAAGAACGGAACUUGCAGCUGCAAAAUGAGAAGAAAAAGACGCAGCAACAUGUGCAGGAUUUAGAGGAACAAUUAGAAGAAGAAGAGGCAGCUCGACAGAAGCUUCAACUUGAAAAAGUAACAACUGAAGGCAAGCUGAAAAAGAUGGAAGAAAAUAUUCUUCUAUUAGAAGACCAGAAUGCCAAACUGGCCAAGGAACGAAAGUUGUUGGAAGAACGCAUUUCUGAAUUUUCCAGUAAUAUGGCUGAAGAAGAAGAGAAAAUAAAGAGUCUUAGCAAACUCCGCAACAAAUAUGAAGCUGUCAUUGCAGAUAUGGAAGAUCGUCUAAAGAAAGAAGAAAAAGGCAGACAAGAGAUGGAGAAAUUAAAAAGAAAACUUGAUGGGGAAACAUCUGACUUGCAAGAUCAGAUUCUAGAGCUUCAGCAACAGAUUGAGGAGCUGAAACAGCAACUUGCACGGAAGGAAGAAGAGCUCCAGGCAGCCCUUGCUAGAGUUGAAGAGGAAGCAGCUCAAAAGAACAAUCUACUAAAACAGCUUCGAGAAAUACAGUCUCAGCUCUCUGAAUUACAAGAAGACGUAGAGUCAGAAAAGGCUGCAAGAGCGAAGGCAGAGAAACAGCGACGGGACCUUGGGGAAGAGCUGGAGGCACUGAAGUCUGAGCUUGAAGACACUUUAGAUUCCACAGCUGCUCAACAAGAACUAAGGUCAAAACGUGAACUGGAAGUCACAGAUCUUAAAAAGACAAUUGAAGAAGAGGCAAAAACCCAUGAGUCUCAGAUUGUGGAAAUCAGACAGAGACACACACAGGCACUGGAAGACCUCUCAGAACAACUGGAACAAUCACGUAGGUUCAAGGUGAACCUGGAGAAGGUGAAACAGACCCUAGAAACUGAGAAUGCUGACCUGGCAAAAGAAGUCAAGAAUCUUCAUGCCACGAAACAGGAAUCUGAACAGAAGAGGAAAAAAUUAGAAGGACAGGUGUCUGAGCUUCAGAUCCGGGUGUCUGACAGCGAGAAGUCCAAGGCUGAACUGGCAGAAAAGCUGCAGAAAGUACAGGCUGAAUUAGAUGGUAUAUCUGGUACACUGGGAUCAACAGAAAGCAAGUCUAUUAAACUAAACAAAGACCUAUCAGCAGUGCAGUCACAGCUGCAAGAUGCCCAGGAAUUGCUACAAGAGGAGACUCGGCAGAAGCUUAACUUUAGCUCCAGGGUAAAACAGUUGGAAGAGGAGAAAAAUAACCUAAUGGAGAACUUAGAGGAAGAGGAAUCAGCAAAAGCUCAACUUCAUCGUCAGAUUCAGGCUCUCCAACAACAGCUUGGUGAAACAAGGAAAAGGAUGGAAGAUCAUGGAGGUGCUGUUGACGGUCUGGAAGAAGCCAAGAAGAAGCUGGCCAAGGAGUUAGAACUUAUGCAUCAACGUUUCGAUGAGAAACAUCAAACCAGUGACAAGCUGGAAAAGACUAAAAACCGCUUGCAGCAAGAGCUGGAUGACCUCAUGGUUGAUUUGGAUCAUCAACGGCAAAUUGUUUCAAACUUGGAAAAGAAACAGAAGAAAUUUGAUCAGAUGCUGGCAGAAGAGAAGAACAUAUCAGCACGCUAUGCUGAGGAGCGAGAUAGAGCAGAGGCAGAGGCUCGUGAAAAGGAAACAAAAGUCUUAUCUCUGAGUCGAUCCUUAGAAGAAGCCCUUGAUUUUAAAGUUGAACUGGACAGACAUAACAAGCUGCUACGUGCAGAGAUGGAUGACCUUGUCAGCUCCAAGGAUGAUGUUGGCAAGAAUGUCCAUGAAUUGGAACGGGCCAAGCGAGCUUUAGAGCAACAAGUUCAGGACAUGAAGACUCAGAUGGAAGAACUGGAGGAUGAGCUUCAAGCCAUUGAAGAUGGAAAACUCCGCUUGGAGGUCAACAUGCAGGCAUUGAAAGCUCAAUAUGACCGAGAACUCCAAAACCGUGAUGACUCCAGUGAUGAAAAGAAGAAACUCCUGAUCAAGCAGGUGCGUGAUAUGGAGCUGGAACUGGAUGAGGAACGUAAGCAGAAAACCCAGAUUCUUGCUGCCAAGAAAAAACUGGAAAUGGACUUGCAGGAAAUGGAAAAUCAAAUUGAUUCAGCUAACAAAGGCCGGGAAGAGGCAGUUAAGCAACUGAAAAAACUACAGUUCCAGCUGAAAGAAGUGUGGCGGGAAGUGGAAGAGACUCGCACAUCUCGAGAGGAAAUGUUCAUCCAGUCUAGAGAAAAUGAAAAGAGACUCAAGAAUUUAGAAACAGAACUCCUACAGCUACAAGAGGAAUUGGCAGCUGCAGAAAGGGCAAAAAGACAAGCUCAGCAAGAAAGAGAUGAUCUGGCUGACGAGCUGGCGAAUGGUGUUAGUGGCAAGUCUGCUCUUCUGGAUGAAAAGAGGGCUCUGGAGGCCAGAAUCGCUCAGCUGGAGGAGGAGCUUGAUGAGGAGCAGAGUAAUAUGGAGCUGGUUAAUGACAGAUAUAGGAAAUACACCAUGCAGGUGGAGACAAUGACUACGGAACUGUCUGCAGAAAGAAGCUUCUCCCAGAAGGCUGAAAAUGCCAGGCAGCAAAUGGAAAGACAGAACAAGGAGCUUAAAGUAAAAUUAAAUGAGAUGGAUUCCAGCGUAAGGGCAAAAUACAAGAUUGCGAUUGCUUCCCUAGAGUCCAAGAUUGCUCAACUGGAAGAACAAAUGGAACAGGAAUCAAGGGAGCGCAUUUUGGCAAACAAACUGGUGCGACGUGCUGAGAAGAGGCUGAAGGAGGUGCUUCUACAAGUAGAGGAAGAGAGAAGAAAUGCUGACCAGUUUAAAGAGCAGCAUGAGAAAGCACACAUCCGCAUGAAGCAGCUGAAACGCCAGUUGGAGGAAGCUGAAGAAGAUGCCUCACGAGCCAAUUCCAAUCGCCGUAGAAUUCAAAGAGAGCUAGAAGAUGUGACAGAAUCAGCAGAGUCCAUGAACCGGGAGGUGAACACUCUCCGAAGCCGACUCAGCAAGUUAGAGCGACAGCACCGCAAGAGGGCACCUCUUCAGUUAACUUCUCGUACUAUACGUACAGUGUACCAUCUUGAAGGUGUUUCUGAUGAAGAGGCAGAGGCACCCAGCGGAGAACCAUCAACUAAUCAUCAACAGCCUCAGCAAGAGUGAUGUCAUUCCAACAUCUAACAGUGGAGCUUUCAAUUCUAAACCCCUCAACCUACAGCAAGCCUUCUUCAGCAGAAACAGAUGGAAUAGUACAUGACUCAACAUAACGUUGAGACUGCUACUGUCAACGCAUGACUUUUGAGAGUGACUGAACACUCCAUAUGAGUGAACUUAAUCCUUUCUCUUCUUAUCUUAGCCAUGAAUUUCACAAAGCACUUUAUCUGGGAUGAAUUCAAAUAAUGGCAGAGUGUGAGAAUAAUUAAGUAAUGAUGUCACAUGACAUUGCAAAUUUGGCAUACAGGCAUAGGAACCCAUCCAGGCCUUUUAUGCUAUAUUUGUCAUUGUAGAUUCAACAUAUCCCCAUUUAUAAUUCUGCUCAAUCCUAUCCACUUUCACUUUUCCUUUUGUAUCUGUAUGGAUUGUUAUCGUUUUUCUUUGGUAAUUCAUAUCUAGAACUGGUCUAUAUUUAGAGCUACAACUAAAACUAAAAGUGAGCCAGUGAUUUCUAGAUUCUAUAUACUGUAGGUCUUCAUUUACUAAGGCUAAGGGGAAAAAAUGAGGAAUUCUUAACAGACAAUCUGAGGUCGUAUUGUUCUGACUAUCGUAAAGUAUUGAGAGUUGUAAUCCUAUUGCUGAGAGGACAUCUAUGUACUAUAUCUUUAAGUACGCCCAUUGGAUCAUGUUGUGUUAAUGCUUUAUCACUAUCACAUUUAGUUUGAAGACCAUACAAUUAAUGGAAAUAACCUCAAUCUGUGUCCAUUGCCAAAAAGACUGCUGCAUGGAUAUAUGGGAUAAUGUACCUA